AUGUCUCAAACGGCAGACAAGGCCCUGUCGAUGAGCUUCAGCCUAAGAUCAACCAACUUGCCCACAAACCGACCAUAUGGGUCUACAAGACCGACCUGUCGACGACCGCAGGCGCCCAAAAAGGUCAAUUCGCAGCUCAAGAAUUUCAUUGGUGACGAUCUUCAGAUCGAUAUUUUGGUAAAUAAUGCUGCUAUCGAGGUGUGCCCAGGUAUGCAAUAUCACCCAGAAGCCCUGGAAUUAUACGCUUAA